UAUAUGAAGAAUGUUUAGAUAUACCAAAGAAAUAUGCUAUAUUACAAGCUGUAGGGUCAGAUCAUGCAAAUUAUAGCGCGGCAAAGAGUAGAUAUCAAGCUUACGAGACAUGGUUAAAAACUGGAAAGUUGGUCGGAACUAAUAAUAAUGUAAAUUCUACAAAAUCCAAAAAUGGCGGGGGAGGUGAGAAGG